CCAGGUAUAAGGAUGGCGUGUACUUUCAAUCCGGGAUUUGUCAACAUUUCCGACCUACACCCUAAUCUCAACCGCCCGAGCGUAAUAGGCGUCGUAAUUGGCAAAACAGAUGUCAAAGGAUUUCCAGACAGAAAAAACAUUGGAUCGGAACGGUACACAUUCAGCUUUACCAUGAGAGAUUCUCCAGCCUUCUUCAUCAAUGCAUUCUCUUGGGGCACAGAAGAAUACAUAAAAUCGCUCUCUGACAGUUUCCGUGUUGGCGAUUGUGUUCUAAUUGAAAAUCCUCUCGUGCAAACAAAAGACGUGGAGAGAGAAGAAAAAUUUAAUCCUUCCACACCAAGUUAUUACAGGUUGUUAAUCAGCGAAGUUCACUCGGCAGUCAAGAUUUGCUCGACGUGUGAAGUGGACAACAGCCUUCUUUCUGUGCUGCAUUUGCCGACCAAAGAUCCACAGGAUUACUAUUCGCUGGGCGAUAUUGUCGCAAACGGUCAAAGCCUUAACGGGAAAAUGAUUAAUGUUCUUGCAGCAGUAAAAUCGGUUGGAGAAAUAAAACAUUUCACUACGUCUGACAAAAGAAAAGGCCAAAGAUGCGAAGUUAAGUUGUAUGACGAUGUGGUUCCUUCAUUUGGGAUGAUAUGCUGGGACAAUGAAUCCAUCCAAGUUACGCAGAGCUGGAUACCAAGAGAAACAGUGAUAUUUGCUGCUGAUGUAAGAAUUAAUUAUGAUUCAUUCCGGAACUCUAUGGUUGCAACUGUUGUGUCAAAGACAAUUCUUACAACCAGUCCAGAUACACCAGAGGCCCAAGCACUGCUGAGCUAUGCCAGAGACUGCAUCGAAACUGGAGUUUUUUGUGAAGAAAAUGAAGAAUUGUCAAAAGAUUCUGUAAAAUUGGAGUCUAUAAAAGAUAUAUACACAGUGCAGCAGAUAAAAGAAAAGGCUACACAAGGCGUAGAAAAAAACGAUCCACUUUACGGGAUAGUUUACGCUUAUAUCUCCAGGUUCAAUGUUGAUUCAGAUGCCAGCAAAAUAAUACGAAACAGAUGCUCCCGAUGCCAUUACCUGAUAACUGACCUAACUGAGCUGUGUACCUACACUUUCUGCAAUGAGAUGUCUUCUGAGCCUAAAUCUGUGGUCGCCUGCUUGGAUUUGAGCAUUGACCUGACUGAUCAUACCGGGACUCUGUCUGCUAACGUGUCUGGCAGUGCGGCCGAGGAAAUGUUAUCCUGCACGGUUGAUGGAUUUUUUAAUUUAACUGAAGACCAGAAGACAGCGUUGAAAUGGAAUUUUCUACUGGAACGCUGCAAAAUCUAUUUAAAGAUGGUUCCCUCAACCAAUGCAAGAAGCGGGCUGAGGAUCAAUGUGCUUUCCUGCAACAUGGCGGAUCCCUUGGAAGCAUGUACAAGUCUGUGCGGGAAAGGAACUAAUUAAUUCAGCGAGAUAUAUCUGCACUGGUCUAUCUACCCGAUUACAUACGUGCUUUGUUCCUCACCCUCUGGCACUCAUUACUGUUUUCAUUAAUGUUUUUCACUUAAAAGACACAUUCUUUAUUCUUCGUUUAAUCCAGUUAAAGAAUAAGUAAACCUUACCGAAAGUAAGUAAUAAGUAAACCUAAACGAAUUUAAUGUAAGAUUACUCAGGGUGCUUUUGUAAGCACAUUUGCAGUUUAUACAUUAUUUUUUUUGUUAAUGUAUUAGGUUAAUCACAUCCCCACCUGCUGGUCAGUUCCAGUAACUGCGCAGUCAAAGAGAGAUACAUUCAGGAGGAAAACAGAGAACUGUCCUUGAUGUUGCUCUGCUAAGGAAAGAGAUCAGGAGCCUUGGAUACCCUUUCCUAUCUCUUUCCUAAGCAGAGCAACGUUAUAACAGUUCUCUGUUUUCCUUCUGAAGGUACAUCUCACUGUCUUUGACUGUACAGUUACAGGAACUGACCAGCAGAUGGCAUUAGCAGGCCUCCAUAAACUUCCAGAACCCUGGCCCCACCUGUUCUGAUACCUACACUUAAACACCUGACCCACAUUCCUGCUGGAAUAAGAGUGCAAGGAUCCAGUAAGGUGGAGAUACUUCUCACCCUGGAAACUGCAUUUAUUAGAAGCAUCCCUGAUUCCUUGAUUUUUUUGUAAUGAUCUAAUUACUUUAACUAGAUACUGAAACUUUCCUGUACCAAGAAUAGGUUAUCAGAGCAGAACUCUCAGAUGUGAUAAGAAAUCCUUAGUACCCAAACAAUGGUUUAAACCUCUAAAGCUAGAUUGGGGGUCAUUCAAAAGAACCACCGGGCAACAUUUGACUCCAGAUGUACCUUGGAUGUGGUAUUGUAUCCAUAAUUGUUUAAUGUGACUUGUUAUUAAAUUGUAUUAGUUUGAAUAAAGAGCAGCAACGUUU